AUGGCCUCGGACUCUGUUACGUCUUCCUCGUCUCUCAACGCCACCGCGGCUGCGGCUCCUGCCGCUUCGCGGUCAUCUCCCACUGCGUGGGAGUAUGUUAAGACGGUUGUGCCAGAGUACAGGACUGCGCCAGAGUUUCGGGGCGAGGAGCCUACCGGUAUAUUCGAGAGGCUUGGCUCGCUGCUAGCUGUCAAUAGCCUUGUUCCAAAUCCUCAUCGCGCGACCCUCGAGCGGGAGGCUGGUCAGGUCUUUGACCUGGGCCGUACUGGUGGUCGCUCCAGAUUCAACAUCAACCUGAAGGCUAUCCUUGUCCAAGCCUCAGAAUCUGUGAUUGGCUAUACUGCUCCGCUUGUAUUCCAUACAGCGCCUCCUGCCCCCUCUGUAGCUUCGCAGCCUGCUCAAUCAGCGGCUGCUCUGUCUAUGCCUGCGCCUGGGCCUGCUUCCAAUGCUGUGCCCGCAGCUGCUCCUGUUGUGUCUGCUUCAGCAGAUACAGCAGCGGUUCCUCCUGCUGUGGUGGAAGCAGAUGCUGGUUCUGUAGCAGCUGCGGAUCAUACAGCUGCGGAUUCCUCAGGCAGGUUGUUACUGGGCAAUUCUGCAGGUAUAGAAGACGAGCAGCUAUUCCUACCUUUUGAGUCGGGCGACAUCGUGGAGGAGGAGGCAGUUGAUGAGGCAGUCGGGGAGAUCGUCGAGGGGAUUGUUGACGAGGCUGUCGCGGAGGAGAACGCGGUCGAGGAGGACGCGGUCGAGGAGGAGGAGGAGGAGGAGGACGACGAGGUCGUGGAGGAGAGUGCCCAUCCGCCCCAGGACCCAGAGGGAGGCUCUCGGAAGCGUAAACUCCCAAUCCACAAGUUGGAUAGCAUGGGCUAG